AUGAUUGUAGGCUCUUUUUUACUGUACAUUUGCUCUGUGUCCCUCAAUACCCACAAUUUGUUCUACAUACCACAAAUACCCUGCUGCUAAAGCCAAGGUAUUUCAGCCUUUAAACCAUAGGAAAAAUUUCCAUGUGCAGCACUGGACCAGGCAGGUCUGUGACAUUUUCUGGCAGUGUAAUGAGAGUCUGUUAGAGCACUCAGUAUUUUCUUUCCUUUCUUUUCUCUUCCUUUCCUUUAAGCUAACAUCCUUUUCCUGUGCCUGAGGGAGAAGGCAGUUGAUAAAAGCCAAGUUCCUGUUCACAGAUAAGUUUAGAAGGCAGGCAAGCUCAGAAGUUCCUUGAAUAAGCUAUAUUCCUACCACCUCAUUUUCCCCCCUGUCAGAGACGUGUGAGCCCCACACAGGAACCAGGCUCACAUUGUUCAACAGCCACGGACGUUUCCACAGUGGCUGGGAGGGCCAAGAGCUCUUUCCGCUCUUUGUUACAAAUUUUUUUUUAAUUUUUUCCUUCCUUCUUCCAACUUUCCAGUUAAAGAAUAUUGCUGGGGCAUUUCUGAAGUAAUUCAGGCUGAGCUUCAGAGGAAAGAAGAAGAGACAGGUGUAAGUGGGGGGGAAGAAGGCCAGGAUGCUGGUGAAGCUUUUGCUGGUCUGUAGCGCGGUAGGACUGGCAAGGCUGGCGGAACACGCAGACCAUCACGGAGAUCGUGAUGGUUCCGAGCAGAGCUUCAAGCCACGAGUGCAUGAGAGCUCUGCACACCCCCAGAGAGCUCCUCUGCCACUCCAAGAAGGUUACUGGGAGACAGAACGGCUCAGGGAGGACACUCGAGAUUACCCUUCAAGUGUGAUCUCCUCACAUCAGGAAGAGAGAGAGGAUUUGGAAGCUGCGAGCCCACGGCCCCGAAACGGGAACUGGUGUUCCUUCACGCAGUCCCGCCUGGUCACAUACAUAGAAGCCUGCAUGAAGGAGAAGUACAUUGUCAACUCCCAACAGCCCUGCCCCAACGGAGCCCCAGACUGCCAGAAGAUCAUGUACAGGACAGCCCUGAAGCCAGUUUACCAAGUGAAACAGAAGACUUUGAAGUCUUUGCAGUGGAAAUGCUGCCCUGGAUUUAUUGGCAAGGACUGUGAACAGCGUGAUCCUAAUUUUAUUCUGGUGCCAGGAACUGAAACUGAAGGACAAGAAGAGGAGUUCUCAAACCACAUGUCAACAUCAGUGGAUUCAAGAGAAAUGUUCGAAGUCAUUCAAAAUCAUGAGGCUUUACUGGAUGAUCUUCAAAGUGAUAUUCAUCAAGCAGCCAGCACCUUAGGUGACUUACAGAGACUAUUUGAGAACAACGGUACAAGCAUGGUGUUAGAAGUGAACGAGAGCAAUUCAGAUCACCAGGAAAGGCUUCUGCAGCAAGUUUUGUUUCCUCAUGUGGAGAAUUUUCUAAGGAAACAUUUUAACCCAAUGUGGGCAAGCUUCAACAAAAGUUUACAGAACCUCUCCAACAUAGUAAGAAAUCUGUCCUAUGAUGUGGAAGCCAACAAGAAAAGCAUAGAAAGAUUCCAAGAAAGCACUGUGCCCAAGAAGGAAUUCCAGGAGCUGGGAACUAAAUUUGAAUCAAAAGUCCAAGAAAACAUAGUGAAAGUUGAUGAGGCGAAAAGAGAUGUAGAGAACAAAGUGCACAUGCAGCAGGCUGAUAUUCACCAUAAUCUCAGCAUGCUCAAGGCAGAUACUGACACAAGACUCAAGAAGCUUCAUAAGAUACAGCAGUCCCAUUUCUUAGCAAUGAACAACAGCAUAGCAAACAUGAAACAAGAGCAAAACCUUCUGGAAAAUAAACUGGAAGCUUUGAAAAAAAAUUUAACAGAACUCUCUUUACAUCACGGUCCCAAAGAUGAAAACAGCCAGUUAACCAUCAGACAUAUGAAUGAAAUGCUGUCAGGACAUGCCAAGCAGCUUAAAGAACUUUACAUGGAGUCAGAUGUGGCCUUUCAGAAUAUUGCAGUUUUAGAGAGGUGGUUUAAGGAGUUAAAGAAGAACAUCUCAAAGUAUAGGCCAGAAGAUCUUACAAUAACUUUGGCUGAGAAAUCAGUUAUUAUGGAAGAAAACAAUGCAGCAAUGGAAAGGCAGAUAGCAGAGCUCAACUACACUCUGUCAAACCUUCAGGAAACCUAUUCAGAUCUGCUGCGGUACAUGGAGGAAUGCAAUUGCCAGAGAGUAUCUGCUGACACUGAUGUGCUGGAGGAAGAUCCAAGGAAUAGCACUUAUUCCCUUGAAGAUACCCAGCCAAAGGAUAUGAAGCACUUGGAGUCAGUUUUCAGAGAUUUCUUCAAGAGUGAAAUUGAAGAGCUCUCCUCAGCUAUUCCGUCCAUCCAUCUGUCUCUCAACCUCCGUCAAGAAGAGAACAGACAGCUUCAGUCACAGGUUAUGGCUUUUUCAGAAGACAUGGGCUUGCUGAAGAAGACAGAUGAAGAAAUUCAUCGACAAAUCAAGUAUCUCAACAGCUCUUUUAGCUCUCUUUUGAAAGACGCAAUGCGGCAUGAAGAAGCACUGGAAGCUCUAUUGAGACACGAAUUUCUGGACGUCUUUUUUGAAGAUGAUUUCAGCAGCCUAAUACCAUCAGUAUUUCAGCUGCAAGAAUCUCUCAGACGCUUUUCAGAUAAACUACAAGAACAAAAUGUGACUUUAGAAUCUGUUAAGAAGAGAUUUCAUCCCUUGGAGAGAGGUCACCAGAAUCAUCAUGAUGCUCACAUGCCUCCUAAGCACCCCGAGGAGGAAACACAAACCUCCUCUACUCUACACGAAGUCAGCAGCCAACGCAGUGUCAGAGAACACAUGGAACCGAACUAUGAGGCUGCCAAAGAUGACUCCUUGGAGAGCUCAGCUUACAAUGAUAUCAUGACUCUGAAGAAUGAUAUCAAACAUCUGAGCCUGGCAGUCAAGAGGCACGAAUCCAGAGGUGACAUAAGUCUCUGCUGCAAUCAUACGAUAGCAAAUGCAAUUGAGCCACUCAACGCUUCUGUAGAAAGUCUCUCUGCAGAUUUAGCAACCAUCAAGCAGAAUCUGGAGGAACAUCUGGUGACUUUCAAAAAAUUAUUUGGAACUAAUGAAGAAUUAGGUGCCUCAAAUAUAAGUCUGGAUGUUACAAAGAUUCAGUCAAUGCUGCAGAAAAAAGGGAGAAGACAACAGAAAGGUCAAGACAAGCAAAGAGACAAGAAAAGAUCUGAGAAGCACAGAGAAAAUACACAAGCAAUAAGUGGAAGAAAUACAGUGCAGACAGGAUUUGUGGAAAAAGACUCAUUGGUGGCAUUCCAUGUGGGAUUCUCAGAAAGAAAGGAUAAAGAAAAAACUGUGAGGUUUAAUGAAACUUAUCUAAAUUAUGGAAACAGCUACUUCUCUGAACAUGGCCACUUUAAAGCACCACACAAAGGUGUCUACCUGUUGUUCAUCUCUGUGGAGUUCAGCUCAGGACCAGCACUGGGACAACUCUCCUUCAGCCGUGGGUACAAAAGAACUCUCUCAAGCAGUCAGCGGAAAACCCCACAUGGAAACACCGUGACUACUUUUGCUAUAGCAGAAAUGGAGAAGGGGGAGACGGUGUGCUUUGAAUUGCUGCACGGCUCCGUAGUGAAGCGAAGCCCACCUGGGACAACUAUGGGUGGACUCCUAAUAUCUAAAACUUGAAUAGUGACAUUUAUGUUCUAUUAAUCUCCUUCCAUAGAUGCAAUGGAUGCAUUCACUAUUGCUUCAUCUGUGAUGUAUUCAAUGCUACUGCAUGUGUUCAAACAUAGCACUACCCUAGGUUUGCCUUCAUGCUUCUUUUCUGGAAGUGUUUGGCUUUUGAUUAGUUGCUUAUGAGCAGCAAUGGGAUUUUCUUUCAAGUAAAAAGCUAAUGGUUUGGGCUCCAGAUGUAUCAGCACACACACUCCCAAAUCCUUCCUAUGUGAGGACUGCACAUAAAUGUUUUGUGGGACUUUCUUCACUUUUAACACAAAUUUCUCCCUUCCCUUGGCAAAAGAAUAUCCUCCCAUGACAAAUAACCAAAAUCAGUGACAAGGAAAAGAUUUUAGGUAGGACUGCACAUUCUCGUGUUAUGUGAAUGGUACCUUACAACCCACAAGCCAGGGCAAUUUUACCUUUUAGUUCUCUGUGGACCAGAGACUAUCUUGGAAACUUCACUCCAGUGUUUCAGUCUGUGCACAACAGGAACACUAGAAGAGAUCCAUCAAACCCAGUAAAAUUCACUCUACUGCCAGUAUUUGCAAGCAAGAUCUCCUAAAUGGUCCAGUCUUUGUUUCUUGGCCUGUGAUAUAUGUCAGCAACACUGCAAAAAUUUAAAGCAUUGUUAAGAUGAGUUACAUUUACAUUUAGAGACUAGGAAAAUAACAAUAUUUUAGAAGCAUUGUUGCUUCUAAAUAAAAUGCAGUUUAUUUCUAAAGUUAAUCCUGGAGAUUUAUUUAAUGAAUUCAGCCCAGAGUUCAGUAUUUAGUAAAUAUUUUAAAACCAAACAAGCAAAACCAAAUUUAAAAGGCAAGCUUGUUGGUCUGUUGUCACUGCUGAAUAUAAAUUUGCAAUUAGAGUAAAUCAAAGAGAAGGACUUCUGAAAUGUAGAGGGCUUUUUAUUUCCAAAACUUCAAAAAUCACCAUGCCUGGUCAUGUCUUAAACUUUUUUCUGUCAAAUAAAACUUCCCAAAGACUUUCACUCUAAAGACGUUCAAGUAUUGUGGUAUUUUUAUCUAUCCUAAUAUCUUACACAGCAAUAUUAAAACAAUUAAUUUUGCCAAAAUGAAAUGCACUUCGAAAUUUUCAGUAUUUUUGAUGAACAUACAAAUUCUUAUCAUGUAAAUUGCACCCUUUUAAGGUAGCAUUUUUUAACAAAUCUAUUUUGCUGUUAAGAAUUUUUUCCCCACCUACCUGUAUCCUAAGCAAUACUAAUCUCUCAUUAACUGUUAAAAACCCCCAACACAUCGGUACCAACACACAAUGCACUUAAAGCAACAGUUUGACAAGCAGACAAUACCUAUCUUCUGAAAUAAAGCUACAAAGCAAUUUCAGCUGACUUGCUCAGAAGAUUGUUUUCUCUAUCCUGAAAAAUCCAAGAAAACUAACAAGAAAUGCUCCUUAUCUCCUUCUGGCCAAUGCUGAUUUCCACAGGAGAUGCCCAGGCCAGGUGUUCCUGUCUUCCUAGCAGGGGGCCAUGGCUCACACUGCUCUGCUGCAGUGAGCACAAAGUGCCUGCAAACUCAGUGUCAUUUUCUGUCCCACUUUUGCUCAAAAUAUCUGCAGGAAGAAAGAAGAAUAAAACUGAAGGGGUGAAAUGAAGAAAACCAUCAAAUUGUAAGGUUAGGUUCUUUCAGUACAAAGCUCCCAUCCUGGGGUGACCUGGCUGGGUUUUUACCAGUGUUCCUCCAAUUCCUGAUUUUGUGGUGGCAGCAUUCUGCAGAGCCAGGCCAACAGUGCUGCCUAGGUCAGGGUGGUUCAAGGAACGCCCCCUUUUCAGUGCACACCAAUUCUGCACCUACAGCCAAGUUCCACAAACAAGCACCACUGGGGAAUACGUGUAUGUUACAUAAGGGGGAGAGGAUAUACAUAUAUAUUUCAGAACACUUUGUUUUUAAAGCUUUGACAGAAAGCUUCAACUGGAAUGAAAACCACUUGGAAAUGGACACAGGAGGUAGCAGAGAGCAUUGCAGUUCAUCCAGUCUGGUUUUGUGUCCUUCCUUGUGCUUACCAGAGUACUUUCAUUGAAGAAUAUGCCAGAUGUGUUCAGAGAACACUGACUCCAGAGUGAACAAAAAGUUGAAGAUGUUUCUGUAUUCUAAAGAUGUCUUCAAAUAUGUGCUUAAGUUAGCUACCUGCACAUACAAAGAGGACACACUGCAUGGGAAGACUAAUUUUUAUGGGGCAAAAAAUUAAUGAAAGACCAUGGGAUAAAUCACUCUGUGGGCUGCAUAAGCCAGGAAGACCAACUUCCUUCUCAUGCAACAAGAGAACAAUGAUUCAUCUACUGGCCUGUGGUUUUGUUUGUUCAAAGCAAUAAACCAGCUUUUAAAUAAGCCUCCAUCUAAACCACUCCUGCAUUUUUUUGGUGGGAUGGUUGUUUGGGCAUUUUUGUUAGAUCAACAUAGCCACACCACUAUGACCUGUAUUUUUAGGCAAACUAGAAAAAUCAAUUUAAUGAAGAUAAUUUAAAAUACAGCUAUUGGUUGGCUCAGUGGAUUUAGGAGAAUUUCCAAACAUGAAAAACAACCUGAAGCUGACCAUAGGCCCUGGGAAGAGUUGUCUGUAAGAGCUUCAGUUUCCCUCACAGAACACUGACUAGAUGGAUGUGCCUGAUGGCCAGGCAGCAAUAGGCACAGAAACAUAUGCUCACUCCAGGAUACAGAUAUAUGUAAUGUCAAUCUGACACUCAUAUUCAAAAAUAAAAGCUUCCAACAGAUUUUAGUACUUCCUAGAAACCUGACAGAAAACACUGCUGCUGCUUCAAGUUUCUGUAUUUCCAGAUCAAACCACUGAGCUCUGUAAUUAGGUAGAAAGCUGUGUAUCUUAGGGCCUUUGCGGAAUUAUUUUGUUACUGAUCUGCUGCUUUAUGAAUGUCAGUAUCUUAGAGUGCAUUUUAAAAUUAAAGUCUCCUAAUGUUUUUUUCCUUUUCCAUUAUUAAGACAAUCUCCUUACUGUACUCCAAAUUCAAGUACUGAUUGUAUCAAAAAUGAGCAAUUUUGCUUUCUGUAGAUCCAGCAAUGCCUGAAUUCUUCAGGUAAUACCCACAUCAAGCCAGUCUGAAGCCCAUGGAGGUCUCCUCAUGAAGCAGACUCAGGAGGUGCUCAGCCCACAGCAGUGGUCCUUUCCCUGCUCAGAUUCACAGCUGAUACUCAUCUACUGCAUUCACAUCAGUGACAAACACCAAAGUGGUGUUCUGGGGAAAGGUGAAGAUAAAAUGCAGAAGGAAUUAAGGAAAUUAAUAGAAUUAUAUCUGAUCCUUUCUGAAUUUAGUGAUACUUCUGCUAUUUCUAUAAAAGCUUGUGGUUCAGUUUGCUAAUUACUCAGAGCGCUUUUUUUGUGCAUCCAUGUGCAGUGUUUACACAUUUCACUGAAAUGUUUCACAUUUCACACAUUACUGCUGUUUCACCUCUUAGAUAUUGAUGCCAACUCACCAGUAACAUUUUGCAUAGUGGUCAAACCCACCCAUUUAUAAUGGAGACCAUUUUGGUAUUUAUUGCUAGCAGGCAGUAGAACUUAUUUUCAUGUCUCAAAACUCCCCAAUUUUUUUCCAAAUCCUUUCUUUAGGACACAGCCCCACCGUGUGGCCGUUCCACGAAGCAACACCGAGAGGAAAGCUGCUCAUUAGAGCACGGACAGGUGCAAACACUUCCCACAAUUUUCCUUAUGUCCUCCUGCAACGCUAACAUGAAAUUCCAGUUUUAAAUCCAACCACGACCACUGCAACCAGUGAAGACAUUCCAUUCCAAAAUAGCCACAACCAUAGGAAAAAGGUUUGCUUUGCCAAGAUACUCAUUUAAGGAGACCAAAUCUUUGUGCAGUCUAAUUUCCUGGUAUUAUGUGUUAAGGACAGGAAAGUUGAAACUACAUUGCUGAUCUUUCCACAGCACUUUCCAGAACUACACUGCAAGAAUUUAACACUUGAUUAUAUAGGGAAAACAAACCAAGGCUUAUAAUUAUAAUAUAUUGGUAACAGUUUUUAUGAUGUUUAGAUAUAAAAAUCUUUCUAGCUGCUGUAAAAAAUACGUAUUUAAAUCUAAUAUUUUUCCUGAUUAAAUGCAAAAAGAGAACAGAAACUGAUCUUACUUAAUUCUCUUUGUAAAUUAAAGGUGGACUCUAUGGGGAGUAGAAGCCAAUACAGUUCUGCAAUGAGAAAACAAAUUCUGACACCCUCUUCAUGGUUCUCACAGGUGAGAUAUCCCCUUGACUGGUCUUCAUUUGCUUGAAUCAUAAAAACCAGAAUAAAUUUUGCAGGAUAUACAGAAGCGCCUGCAUAUUUUUGCAACAAGCAGUACAUACACAUAUUAAACUCAAAUAUUUUGAUUUGGAUACUAUUACACAAAAAAAAGGUUUUAUACAGAGGGAACAAAAAGCAAUUACAAAAUUCCCCAUCCUUUUAUUUUUUCUGGUUUUACCUGGUAAGCUUGAGGCAAAUUUAUAUGGAUAAAACCAAUAUGUAGGGAACCUGCAUAUGCUCAAAUAAAAGUAUUAUUUGAUUUUGAUUUGCUUUUGGCUUUCCUGUAACACAGGGAUAGAAGUCGGGAAAAGGAAACACUGUUUUUUACUGUUGCACUCAAAUUUAAAUAUUGGGCAAGGAAUAAAGAGCUUGAACCUAGAGAGCACCAAAUAACUUUCAAUGUCAUUGAACAAUAAAAGUAAUAAUUAACAACUUAUUCAGAGACUGUGGGGGGAAAAACCAUAAACGAGGUAUGAAAAAGUAGGGAAUUAUUUAGUUACAGUAUUAGGAUCUCCAAGUCGUUACAUUUUUAAGGCAAAAUCUUAUAGUAACAAAACACAUUACUAAUGUGUACUAAAAUAAGGUUAUUUACUUAAAAAUGAUACAUUGGACAUAAUCUGUGUACAGAACAAGCAAUUCAUGGUAAACUCAAUAAGGCACCUUCUAAAGCAGAUGCUGUACAAAAUACAUUAGUGUGUUACAUUUUUAAAGUAGUAUUCUACACUUCUGGCAUAUAACACACACAAGAGUGUGACCAUUUGUCUUGUUCCACUCUUCUUUCAUAUUUUAUUUACAUCUUCUCCAGGUUAACUACAAUGUUAUUUAUUUUUCUUGUAUACAAUAUAGUACAUUUCAUUUUGGGCAUGUCAUGUUGGAGCACAAAAGUCACUACAUGAUGUGGGCUUCUAUAAUUGCAUUAAACAGUAAAAUAUCACAAAGCAACAAUUACAUUAGAUUUGUCAAAAUACCAGAAGUAAUGUGCCCUCUACUUCUGCUGUACAACCAAGGCUGAGCACCAUGGUUCCAUGAGGACUGGGCUGUGCAACACUGCCAGCUGCUUUCAGACAUCACCCCUACUUGGGAUAGAGACUGUGGGCACAGGAUAAAGAUUUAACUCAGAGGCACUGUCAGGAGAGGGAGCAAAGGCUAAAUCAUUCGAACAUCUCACAGAAGAUGAGCAUGUAACUUCCCUUUAAAAAUAUCUGCAAUAGCAAAAGAAUGUUUAUUAACUUUAUAUCUCUGCUCUUCAAACACUUUUAGACCAUUAAAAUACAGUCUGUUAAGACAGAGUAGUUGAAAUGUAUCCAAAUUAUUUGUUUUUUAAACACAUUCAAAUGGUCAUUUAGAUCAAGGUCUAAAAUUUGAUUCUAGACUAUUAUGGAGGUAAGUUAAAAUAUUAAUUUUACAUUUCAUUCAAGACCUCAAAAAAGGCUAAUAAAGAAAAUAAUUCAUAAGAAAUUAUGGAUAUUGGGAAAACUGUUUCUUGAGGAAAAAUUAUAUUAAGUAAAAUUCAGAAUAAACUCAGAAUGUAAGCCAAAUUUUCUCUAUAGGAAUACCACAUUUCUGGUGGAAUUUACAAGUUAACAGGAACACAAAAACGUUCCUUUUAGGUGCUGUAACAAAUGAAGUGACUCCAAUUAUUUCCAUAUAAAAUCACAUGGAACAGGUUCAACAAACAUAAAAAUCCCUCCAUUUGAGUGUUUAAGAACUUCCAAGGCACAGUCUUGGUAUUCUCAAGGUAUUUUCCACACAGUUGAUUUUUGUAUUAAAAAAACAAACAAACAAA